AUGUCGACGUCCAGAGUCGAAUACAUCAACGGUCGCAAAACAUUUAUUCCACUCGAAAACAACCCCGAGAUCUUCACCCCCCUUUGCCAAUCCCUCGCCAUCUCCCCCACUCUCACCUUCCACGAUGUCCUCUCAACCACAGACCCAGACCUUCUCGCCCUAAUCCCCCGCCCCGUCAACGCCGUCAUCCUCUGCGUCGAACCCCCCAUCUACAAAGCCGCCCGCGAAUCCAUUGCCCCCACCAUCCCAGCCUACACCAGCCACGGCCCCACCGAACCCGUCUUCUGGGCCCGCCAAACCAUAGGCAACGCCUGCGGCCUAAUGGCCUUCCUCCACUGCGUCCUCAACCUCCCCACCAAAGACAGCCAAGAACCCGGCGGCUACGUCGCUCCCGAAUCCAACCUCGCAACUUUCCUCCAUCGCGCAGUUGACCUCCCCCCCGCGGAAAGAGCCCAGCUCCUCUACAACUCGCAGUUCCUCGAAGAUGCUCACAUGGCAGCUGCGCAGCGGGGCGUAUCGCAUAUCCCGCCUUCAGAGGAGUACACGGCGCAUUUUGUGGGGUUUGUGCGGACUGGUGAUGGGCGCGUGUGGGAGCUGAAUGGGGGGCUGAAUGGACCUUUUUUGAGGGGUGUGUUGCCGAGGGAUGAUGGCGGUGGGGGAGGGGGUGAUUUGUUGAGCGAGGAGGGCUUGCGCUUGACUGUGGGGGACUUUGUUGAUGCUGCGAGGGGGGUACAGGGUGGAAUGAGUGUUGUUGCUAUUGCGGAGGAGUGA